GUCGCGCGAAGUCAGUUGCGGUCCGAGCGGCCGAGUCGUCAGUCCCGCCCUCGGUUCUUUCGCGUUUUCGGUCAGUCUCCGUUCGGCGUUCGAACGGUGAGGUGUGUAUAGCGCGUGUGCGCACGGUUACUGUGGCGUACUGCGAGGUUAUAAUGGACGCGCCCGGCGGAGCGCGGGAGCCCCGCUUCGGGUCGCCGUACGGUAUGGGACUCCUUGGGGAUGUCGGUGAUAUGUACGGCGCAGGCCGGCCGCCCAGCUCGCUUGGCGGCGGCGGGCUGAGGCCGGGGAUGCAGCCCUGCCCGGUGCCUAGGGCCGGCGUUAAGCGACCCUCGGACCAGUGCUACGACGAGAGGCCUUCGCAGAGUCUUGGUCUGGAACACUGCCCCAUGCCUGACAUAGCAGACGAUGGUUAUGCAUCUCUUCAACCCAAGAAGUCUCCCCCAUCCAAUGGCAAGAAGACAAAAGGACGUGUUAAGAUCAAGAUGGAGUACAUAGACAAUAAACUCCGGCGAUAUACAACAUUCUCCAAGCGGAAGACUGGCAUCAUGAAGAAGGCAUAUGAGCUGUCCACGUUGACGGGGACGCAGGUGAUGCUGCUAGUUGCAUCGGAAACAGGGCAUGUGUACACAUUCGCGACACGCAAACUACAGCCCAUGAUCACGUCAGACUCAGGAAAACGACUGAUACAGACGUGCCUCAACUCCCCCGACCCACCCACCACCAGCGAGCAACGUAUGGCCGCUACCGGCUUCGAGGAGACGGAGCUCACCUACAACGUGGUUGACGAGGACAUGAAGGAGGAGCCAGCGUCAUCAGGAGACAGUGGUGAUGAGAGCGGCAGCGAGCCAGACUCACCUGGGGACAAGAAGGCGCACGCGCAUGACUGGAUGCCUGCAGAUAACCUCGAACGCAUCAACAAUAGGGAACUAACAAAGGAUCAUUUACCUUCAACCUCCACAUCCAGCCAAGAACCGGAGAGCAGUAAAUCCAGUCAAUCACCAUUGGCCAAAAGCAUGCCAAAGAUCAACCUACCAGGGGGUGCUAUGCUCUACCACUCUGGCGUGUUGGCAGGCGUUGGCCUGGACGGACUCGGCACUAACUUAGGACUUGGCAACUUGGCAAUGGGAUACCCGCAUAGUUUUAUCUUAGGUCUUGCCAAUCAAGGACAAGAAGGCGCGUCGUCAUCAGGGCAGCCACAGUUCAUCACGAUCCCGCUGUCGAUGGCAAUGGCGGCUGCUGGGGCUGGGGCCGGCGCUGCGGGGUCGGGGGCGGGCAGUAACGGCUGUCCUGCAUCCAGCGAUGACAGCAGUGAGUUACAGGACCUGACCACUACAGAUAGAAAGGCGCUAUAACUAUAAAAAUGAUGCGAGCUGUUAGAAGCAUUACUUAAACUUGAAAGUUAAACUCUUUAUUUACCAAAGUAUAGAUGUUGAUGCUAAGAAAAGUUAGCUUGUAUUGUUUGUACGAAAUGAAUACUUAAAAAUAACUGAAUUCGUGUAUUCCAUAAAACGCUUGCCAACAAUAUACAAUGUAAGAAAAACGAACAAGUCGCGUAUACAAAAUUUAAUUUAUUAUAAUUAUGAUAAGUCUUUGUAAACGUCGAUUCUCACUGACAGAAAACUGAUUAAAACAUAAAGGUAACAAGACGUUUUUGUACAUGUUUUUUGGCAGUGAAAAUCCACGUUAAUAAUGGUUUGUAAUAACAUAGAGUAUUUUUAUACCAAAACGACUCUAAUAUUUUAUUUAUUUAAUUCUAUUUAAGGGGGCCGUCACAUUUUAUUUUACAUAUUUCAUUUGAAAAAAUAUAAAAAUAUACAGACAAAUUACUAACUUUCUCAUUUAAAAGAUAAAAGGUUUUUUUCAUUAAUAUUCUUCAAAAUAGACUAUACCUACGAAAUUUUUAACACGAAAACAUUGUUUCUUGUUUCAAAAAUAUGUUAAUUUGUAUUCUAAUAAGCAUUGUUAAUCUAAUAUUUGACUUAAACUUUUUUAUCUCACUUUUUAAUAACGAGUAUUGGAAAUAUUUUUGAACUGUUUUGAUAUCGUAAAGCAAACUACAUAAAUCCGCUGGUUUUACUUCAACUAUUUCUAUUAUUUCAGUAAUUAUUUUCUAUUUAAUGGUACUCAAAUGUGUCGGUCUUUAAUUUAUGACCCAUGUAAUGAAUAUAGUUACAUCUAGGGUUGUAACAGAGGCCAUUUUAACGGAUUCGGUUGCGGAUGCCGAGGCGAAGGGCUUCAUCUCAGAAGCGGAGAUUAACGGAAGCGGAAACGGAGGUCAAGAAUAAAAUAUUAAUUGCGAUUUAUUAAAGAAAUAAAUACUAAAACUACGACAAUUCAAAAUACAGAUUGGUUCAUAAUUACAAGGUACAGUUUAUUAUGAUAAUUUAAUGUAUAACAUUUAUAGUUAGUUGACGACACCUAAUCGCCCCACUCGUGUUAAAGACGUAAAUUAACCUCCGUUAUAACUCCGCAUAAGAAAUAACGGAAGCGGAUGCGGAUGCGGAGUUAUUACUUGCGAUCCGCACUAGCGGAUGCGAAAGCGGAGUUCCGUUACAACCCUAGCUACGACGAGACCUCUGUUUAAGAUGUAACUUUAUUCAUCAGUCGGGUCUUCGUCUAUGAUUGUUUUAAUGAUCACUGGCUAGUUUUAAUUUUAAGGCGGGAAUACACAUACCAGUAGGCUCAUUUACCUGUCACCUCUAAGUAUUUACCUGGCCCAUGCUAGCGAAAGUAUGACAUGGAAUGAAAGUAGCACGAUAUUAAAACGUAGUUCUUAUGGACUGACAUGCAAGUUACUGUACCAUUUUACUGAAACGUGUAUUCCCGCCCUCACGCAUUUAUUUUAGUUUUUCAUUUCGUUGUACUGUCAACUAUAAUGUUUUCAGUCCUUAAUUAACUUACAACUAUUCUCGCUGACUGCGUAAUUGUAAUGAAUUGUUUUCUCUUACUAUAAUGAUUAAUGUUCCUUUUUUUCUUUUAUAUUAAAAUAAAUAAAUACUUA